AUGAAUAAAGUUGUGGAUGCUUUAGGUUCAGUUUGCAAAGAAACGACCGAAAAAGUCAAUAAACUAAUUACAAAUUCUCGUUCAUUCAUGAGCACUUUUCAGAGCUCAUUUGAGUCAAACACUGUGAAGGCAACUGAAGUAAUUUCCAGUCUUAGAUCCACUCUUCGCAUAGAGAAGGCAAAGCUCGAAGAAGUUCACAUUGGCCUCCAAGUUGACACCUCUGAGCUCAACACCUCCAUUUCAUCAAAAAUUCAAAAGCUUCAAGAUGACUUGGCCACAGAAAUCAACAUAAUGGAUGCUCUUGUAGUGAAGACAAAAAAAGUAAAAGUGUUUACUAUCAAGCUUGAGAAUGUUGAGAAGCAGAUGAAUGAACUCUUGUCCAAAAGGGCUGUAGUAAAGAGUUGUGUGGCAGACGUGAACACCUUGCUAUCUGACAUAAUCGAGACUCGUGACUCUAUGAUCACGACUACUGUCAAAAAGCAUUUGGCUAAAAAGCUUCGCCUAGUGUUCGCUAUGCUCAACCAGUUGGAAGGUGUUUCGGAGUCGAGCUCCAUUCUGAAACAAAGGGGAGAAAAUGUGAAGCAAUCUAAGAAGGAAAACCACAAGUCAACAGUGAAGACAAAGAAAGAUAACGAACCGAAGGAUAAUAUGUUCGGAAGAGCAAAGACUAAUGCAUCUCUGGUGGCUAAUAUGUCGUCGGUUGCCCCCACUGCCAACACAAUAGAAAGAACUUUUUCAUUCUCCUCUAUUAAUAAGGAAGCUGAAGAAGAAGAAGAAAUAUUUAGAUUUCAAAAGGAAUGGGCAAUACUCGAUGAGACUAGAAAAGAAAUCAAUAGCCCAACAGAACAUAUGUCAGGCCAAGGAACUAAUUUACUUGAUCAGAAUGAUGACCCCUCUCAGACGAUUUCAUCAUCGGCCCAAACAGAAGAUAUUGAGGGAGGUGGCAGCCCAGAACAAAGCAACACCACACAAGCUCGGGACACUGUGAUUGCUUUGAUCGAGGAACUUAUAACAACUGCAAAUGAAGAAGCUGGGAAUUCUGGAGUGGGCAUUGGGACAAGUGCUAAUUUAUCCCCUGGUUUUCACCAUUCUGGAGGUACCUUUCAGAAUGAUGGGUACUUUGAAGGUCAAUUCACUUCCAUCUCUGAAGAAGAUGAUGUCCAAAACAAACCAGAGUCUUCACAUCUCAGAAUCAUUGAAGCUGCUGAUAAAAUCGUAUUCUCUGUUCUUGAUAUUGCAUCUGAUAGGGAACCAAAAGUGAGGGGAAAUUUGGAUAAAGUGCAACAUGAACUACAGAAGGCGAAAUUAAUGCUUAAUGAAACAUUUACGACUUUGCUACUUGAACCUGCACUUUCAACAGUUCCUUUGUUCCCAUGGCAGCUGGCUGCUCAAAAUGGCAGUGCAAGUUCUACAGCUAGCACUCCAAUCCAAGCAUGGGUACAAGGAGCCAACAACAACAACAACACAUCUGAUGGUUCUCCUAACAGCAACAACAACAAUAACACUAACACGACUCCCAAUCCCAUAACAUAA